AUGGCGCAGCCCAGGAUUCAACCGCUUUCCGCGAAAGCCAUAUCUCAAAUACACUCCUCCAAACACAUCACCUCUCUUCAAGGCGUCAUCUGGUCCUUACUGGAGAAUAGUCUGGAUGGUGGGGCUACUAAAGUCGAAAUCACCGUCGAUUGGAAACGUGGUGGAUGUACUGUCGACGACAAUGGCGCUGGGAUCCCUGCGGGAGAGUUCUCCGAGAAUGGCGGUCUCUGCCGCAUGUAUUGCACUUCCAAGCGAGCGCCAACUGGGAAUUCGGCGAGCAAGGCCGGUGAAACGCACGGCUCCACUGGCACUUUCCUUUCCGAGCUUUCUGCUAUGUCAAUGCUGACCAUCACGUCGACGUAUACGAACAGCACGGACUCGGGGUCUCUGACCAUUCACCAGGGAAAAGUCCUUGCUCGUCAAGCCCGAGACAUCGAUGAUUUCAGAACCUCGAAUUGCGGCACAAAUGUCACCGUCAGAGACUUAUUUGGAAAUAUGCCUGUCCGUGUCAAACAGCGAGCCAUCACUUCAUUGAAUGGCGUCGAUGGCGAGAAGUCCUGGAAUGAACUCAAACACGGUAUCGUCGCUCUCCUUCUAGCUUGGCCUCAGCCCUGCUCUGUGCGAUUGCGAGAGACGGACGACAGUUCUCACUCAAUGUAUGUCUCAGCUCAGUCUUCUGCGUUCUCGUCCCUUACCAGGAGAAACCUCAACCAACUCGGAAGUUCUGCGCCAAAGUAUGAUGUGCGUGACACUCUUCCGGUAUUAGUCCAAUCCGGUCUUGCGACUCCACCUUCAUCGUCCCGUUGGAUUCCUUUAUCGGCGUCCACAUCCGCAGUGUCUCUGAAAGGAUUGGUCUGCCUUGACCCUGUUCCCAGCAAGCAGUGCCAGUUCAUAGCUUUGGGUGUGUCACCUUGCGGUGCUCAUGCAGGACAAAAUGAGCUGUACGAGGUGGUGAACAAGGCAUUCUACAACAGUAGCUUUGGUAUGAGUGAGGAGAGGAGCUUCGAAGAUUCGCCACGUCUCAAAGGAAGUCACCCCAUGACAGGACUCACCUCGCGCAAGAGUCUUGAUCGCUAUCCGAUGUUCUGUUUACAGCUGCAACUGAAAAGCGUCGGCCAAGUGUCUUCCAAGCUCGACAGACUGAAUGACAGGUCUUUGAAUACAAUUACCGAUGUUUUAGAGGCGGCUUCAGUCGCCUGGCUUGAGCGCAACCACUUCAGACCCAGCAAACGCAGCAGGACGUUGAACAACAAGCAAAUCACGCCGGUGGCAAGAUCAUACAAUUCUUCAACAACGAAGUCGCCGCCGGGAGUCUCGCGUGCUCGUGCAGCUGAGAAUUACCCAGCAGAGCAAGCUGAAGAUGAACAUGAUGCGGAUGCGAUGGGACUUCAGGAUCGAGGAGCUUCUCUGCAUUCAUCCAGCCGACCUGCAUCGAGAGCGGUCGUAACAGUGGGACCAGAACAAGAUUUGCUGAGACUAAGCAGAAUCCGCGGCGGGAAUCAUCGUCAACCUACCAGAACAACGCAAACGCCGAUAUCAGCGGAAAAACAGACAGCCACCGGUACCACAACCAUACGCAAGCCAGCUGAGUCACUACCAGGAGAGCAAGACACGCUGCUGAAAGGAGAUGUGCCUAAUAUCCCACAUGCCGCAGAGUCGCAUUCCUGGGACACAAUUCUAGCCUCUUGCGCAGACCUCACGCGCCGCUCAGUAUCAGAUCCGUUUGAGAAACAGUCACGAACAAAUGACGCGGCGCUUCCAAGCGAAGAUUUUGGUAGUCUCGAUGAUGUCGAAAUGCUGGCAGCAGAGACGACACAGGACAUAUCUGCCGAUUCUCGUACCACUGCCCAAGGAUCUGGCGAAGAUGGAGUGAUGUCUUGGACCGAUCCUGUCAAUGGACAGAUGUACAGAGUAAAUUGCCGCACUGGAGUUGUACUCCCUUUCACGUCCGAGCAAAGAGAUAUGUCUGAUCUGAGCAGAACCUCGAGGAGCCGCGCUGGCAUAGAUAUAUCUCUUUCGUCUGCUGGCAAGCCGUUGAGUCUGGAUAGACGCAAAGCUCUUGGUGCUGAUGAAAAUGUGCAGCAGCCAGCUCAGGAGAAGUGGCUUCAAGGCUUUCUGAGAGAAUGGAAGAAUCCCGUGUUUGCCGCCCAGGUCGAAGAACCAAUCCCUAUGGCAUCAGCAGAAGGCCCAGGUGUCCUUGAAGUAGACGAGGACGGCAUAGUUCGUUUGCAUACACAACUUCGAGCCGGUAUUCCAUCCAGCACCGAAAUUAAGCUGUCAAAAGCAGCUUUGAAGCAUGCAAAGACUGUCGGGCAGGUGGAUCAAAAGUUCGUCCUCUGCAAGAUACCCGACUUGCCAGCUCGUGGCGAAAUCCUCAUUUUGAUCGAUCAACAUGCUGCUUCCGAGCGAGUCAUCCUCGAGUCGCUGUUUGAUCAAUUGUGCAUUCAAGACUCCAAAGGGAACACUAGCAUUGCAACGACCUGCCUUGCAACAAACACAGCUAAAGGCCGAUCUGUUGUCUUCGAAAUCUCGGCGCAGGAGUACGGCCUCUUCCAGCAAUACAGAAGACAUUUCCUUGCCUGGGGCAUCGUCUACGACCUGACGAGUUCUUCUGUGGAGGGCUCGAAGACCGCUCGCCGCCUGAUUGUUCGUUUCCUUCCAUCAGUCAUCGCUGAGCGCUGUGCCAACUUCCCUGCGCUCUGCAUCGAACUAAUGCGUACCGAGGUGUGGGAGCUGGCUGAUGGAACAAAACGAUCUAUCCUAUCCCUCCCGGAGAGCUCUUCAUGGCUUUCGCUGCUUCCUCUACUGCCAGCUGGGCUCAAGAAUAUGCUUCAUUCUCGUUCGUGUCGGAGCGCGAUAAUGUUCAACGACCCUCUUCCUAUCGAGCAGUGUCAAGACCUGGUGGAGAAGUUGAGCCACUGUACGUUCCCAUUCGUCUGCGCUCACGGAAGGGUGGCUAUGGUGCCCUUGGUCGCAGUCGGAGAGCAUGACAGGCUGGGAAGAAGCGAGGGACUUCGACGGGAGUCGCAAGAUGUCACUUGCGGAAAUGCUGAGAGGGAUUCCGUUUGUUCUGCAGGCAGUUUGAUGAGCUGGCUGAAUCGCUCUUACGUGGAGAAGGCGGAAGACUCAGGCACAAGAUCGUAG